AUGAUCUGCUCUGAAAUAUUCCCACGCCAGACGGGGCUCAUGACAGACAGGUGGCGCUGCUUGUCUGCCUCUGAUGGGUCGUUGUGUCAGGAGGAACAGAAGUUUGUUCUGCGCUUGGGUUUUUACGCAGGCGCAGAUCACUGUGUUUGCCCAGUUUCGUUGGUUGACUUUUACCUGAGCGAGGUAGUCCAGUUUCGGUUUGCCGGUGUCACACACCACACCAACCACCAAGGGUCCGACCUGGGCCAGAGGUGUCAAGACUUUCCUUCUCCUUCCCUGGACUCGUGUGACUCGGGAGACCCCGCUGCGGAGCGUCGGACGGGAAUUCUCCGGGAUUUUCGAGUCGGUGCGCAACAGCGAGCAGAGCAGGAGGAGGCAGGUGCACGAGAGCGGACAGGACAGGGGGAGGAGGAGGUGGAGGAGGGCUGCUUGUAUUUCCGUAACACAGUCCUGUCGUCCACACCCGGCCGAAUGAGAGAUAAUCAACUGGUUGGCUCGUCUGCGAUCAAUCUGGGUUAG